CGGACCCGCUUUCUCCGAGGGAGCGCCCAGGAGGCUGGCGCGCACUGAGUGGCCGGGACGGGCGCUGCUUGCGCUCCUGCAGUCGCCGGGUGCCGUUAGGCGCGCGGAGCUAGGACGCCCGGCAGCCUCGGCGGGAUCGGAUCCCCGGCGGUGAGGGCGCCCACUGACUCUGCGCGCCCUUAUGUUCCCUGCUCAGGACGCUCUGGCCCGCGGCGGGCUAAACCUGAAGGAGGAGCCGCUGCUGCCCGCGGGCCUGGGCUCGGUGCGCUCCUGGAUGCAGGGCGCGGGCAUCCUGGACGCCAGCACCGCGGCGCAGAGUGGUGUGGGCCUGGCACGAGCGCACUUUGAGAAGCAGCCCCCUUCCAACCUCAGGAAAUCCAACUUCUUCCACUUCGUGCUGGCCAUGUAUGACCGGCAGGGGCAGCCGGUGGAGGUGGAGCGCACAGCCUUCAUCGACUUUGUGGAGAAGGACCGAGAGCCUGGGGCUGAAAAGACAAACAACGGAAUCCAUUACCGCCUCCGGCUGGUAUAUAACAACGGUCUUCGGACAGAACAGGAUCUCUACGUGCGUCUCAUUGACUCCAUGUCCAAGCAGGCCAUCAUCUACGAAGGGCAGGACAAGAACCCCGAAAUGUGCCGUGUGCUGCUCACCCAUGAGAUCAUGUGCAGCCGAUGCUGUGACCGGAAGAGCUGUGGCAACCGGAAUGAGACGCCCUCAGACCCCGUCAUCAUUGACAGGUUCUUCCUCAAGUUCUUCCUCAAAUGCAACCAGAAUUGCCUAAAGAAUGCGGGGAAUCCCCGAGACAUGCGCCGUUUCCAGGUGGUGGUGUCCACAACAGUGAGCGUGGAUGGACAUGUGCUGGCUGUGUCAGACAACAUGUUUGUGCACAACAACUCCAAGCAUGGCCGCAGGGCACGCCGCCUGGACCCCUCCGAAGCUGCCACCCCCUGCAUCAAGGCCAUCAGUCCCGGGGAGGGCUGGACCACAGGAGGCGCCACCGUCAUUGUCAUCGGCGACAACUUCUUCGACGGGUUACAGGUCGUGUUUGGGAACGUGCUCGUGUGGAGUGAGCUCAUCACGCCCCACGCCAUACGGGUACAGACGCCCCCACGGCACAUCCCUGGGGUGGUGGAGGUGACCCUGUCCUACAAAUCCAAGCAAUUUUGCAAGGGAGCCCCGGGACGCUUUGUCUACACAGCCCUGAAUGAGCCCACCAUUGACUACGGAUUCCAGAGGCUGCAGAAAGUUAUUCCCAGACACCCCGGAGACCCCGAGAGGCUGCCCAAGGAAGUGUUGCUGAAGCGGGCGGCCGACUUGGCAGAGGCCCUGUACGGAGUGCCCAGCGGCAACCAGGAGCUCCUCCUGAAGCGCGCGGCGGACGUGGCUGAGGCUCUGUACAGCGCCCCCCGCCCGCCGGCGCCGCUCGGACCCCUGGCGCCCAGCCACCCGCACCCUGCCGUCGUGGGCAUCAACGCCUUCAGCAGCCCGCUGGCCAUCGCCGUCGGAGACGCCACGCCGGGGCCGGAGCCAGGGUAUGCGCGCAGCUGUGGCAGCGCGUCCCCGCGCGGGUUCGCGCCCAGCCCCGGCUCACAGCAGAGCGGCUACGGCGGCAGCCUCGGAGCUGGCCUCGGCGGCUACGGGGCCCCGGGCGUGACCGGCCUCGGUGUGCCCGGGUCCCCCAGCUUCCUCAAUGGCUCCACGGCCACCUCACCCUUCGCCAUCAUGCCCUCUAGCCCCCCGCUGGCCUCUGCCUCCUCCAUGUCCCUCCCGGCGGCUGCCCCUACCACCAGCGUCUUCUCCUUCUCGCCUGUCCACAUGAUCUCCGCUGUCAAACAGAGGAGCGCUUUUGCCCCCGUGCUGCGCCCGCCCAGCUCCCCACCCCAGGCCUGCCCCAGAACCCACGGAGAGGGGCUUCCAGACCAGCCUUUUGAAGAUUCUGACAAGUUUCACUCUCCAGCUCGGGGACUUCAAGGCCUGGCGUACUCCUAAUUACGGUCAUCCCUGUCCUGAGACCAGAUGACACAAACUCUGCUCAGACUGUUUCCGGUGGAGGUACCAAGAUGACAGAUGACAAAGGGAUCCUUCACAGCAUCAGCCCACCACCAGGCUUUUUUUUCCCACAGGGCUAAUGGGGUGGGAAUAAGAUGGGGGUCACAUUGUUGGUCACUUGACCUUUAGAGAAAGAGCAUCUCCCAGGAAAUCCUCUGUGUCCUUCCCAUUUGUUUCCCAGCAGAACCAUGCUGCUGUGUUCUGCAUCCUCCAGCAGCCUCUGGGGCUGUACUCGGCUCAGACAGGACCCGCUGUGAACAGGCCUCACUAACUCCAAGGAAGUCUGACCGCACCUUUGAUCAGCCCUGAUGCUGACUGUUUUGCUAAACAUCCUCCUCUUCCCAUCCCUGCCCAUAUUGGAGGCACCCUUAGUUUCUUCCAAAAAGAAAAAUGUCCCAGGGAACUCUUUGGCAGUCAAGUGGUUAGAACUCAGAGCUUUCACUGCUGUGGUCUGAGUUCAAUUCCUGGUCGGGGAUCUAACAUCUCACAAGCGACAUGGUCCAACCAAAAAGAGAAAAAUCUCCCAGAAAAAUGGAAACUGACGUGCAAUGCAGAAAGGCUGGUCUUUUCAAUAAAUGACUUUGCGUCAAUCAAAUAUUGAUAUGAAAAGAUGGAACCUGACCUCUAUUACACAGCAUUCACAAAAAUCAAUUAAGAUGAACUGUGGACAUAAAUGUGAAAGCUAAAACAGUAAAACCUCAUGCCCUUGAAUAUAAGUUGUUAGUUGUUUGCCAGAGUAACCUCUAAGGUCUAUUUCCCCCACCAUAUGGUCGACUUAGAAUGAGACAAGCAUUAUACAUGGUUGAGGUGUUUCAAAUGGACCCCCAAAUCUCUUGUCUCUUCCCUAAGAUUACUUCUCCAGAUAGAAAGAAGUUCACAGAUCACACAGUGUCUUUGUCCCCUGGUUCUAGAAGAGCCAGGCUCUUCAGUGAUUCUCAGAGGCUCCUUGCUCCUACUCCUGGUCUGACCAACUUCCCCUCCUUGUCCACAGCUUUGCACAUACACCCACGAGCUUCCUUCCUCUGCUGCCAUUCCAGCAAGCAGUAACAACACACUUUGGGUGACAGAAGGGAAUGAGCCAGCUUGAAGCCAGCUACUUUGAAGUCUGGUGUUCAUAAGAAGACCCCCAAAGUGAGAGUCCUGAUUGAUGUGAGCACUGACCUCUCUGAUGGACUCAGGUCCUCCUGUCACUUCUUCCACACUUUCCGGCUCACUGUCACUAAGGGAUUUUUUGAUAACUGGAAUUUCUUAGUUGAAUGUAGUCUAAAUUAUCAAUCUUUUCUUUAUGGUUAGUGUUUCUUGUAUCCUUUUUAAGAAACCUUCACCUAUCCCCAAAUCAAGAAGAUACUUUAAUUUUUAUAUAUGGUGUGAGCAAGGGGUCAAGUUUAACUCACAUUUCGUAAUACUUCCACAGAUUAUCUUGGAUUUUCUUAAGUUGAUAUUGUCAUCUGUGUUAUCAUCAGUGUUUUCUUCAUUUCCAAUCCUUAUUUCUUUUCUUUCCUUUUCUUUCCUUUUCUUUCUUAAAUACACCAUUGGUGCCUUCAAUACAAAGUUAAAUAGAAGUAGUGUUAGUGGGCAGUUUCAUUUCAUUCCUCGUCAUGAAUGGCAAACUUUUAACAUUAAAUGUCAUGUUUGGUU